CCGCGCCCCGCGCACUGCUGCUUCUCGGGCCGGACCCAGGCUGGACCGCGGGCCCCGGCCUGGGGGCCACAGCUGCCACCGCAGCCGCCACCUCGUCUCCUCCCCGUCCCCGCUCCGCCGCGCGUCUCCUCGCCUCACUCGGGCCCACGGCCGGGGUCCCUCCCCGCCGCCACACCCCGCGCGGAUGCCGAAGGUGAAGGCUCUGCAAUGCGCCCUAGCGCUGGAGAUCCGCUCUGUGACCUGUCCAGGAGUGGUGCUGAAAGACAAGGAGGACAUCUAUCUUAGCAUCUGUGUGUUUGGCCAAUACAAAAAGACACAAUGUGUCCCAGCCACUUUUCCAUUGGUCUUCAAUGCCAGAAUGGUGUUUGAAAAGGUGUUCCCAGAAGCCGUGGACCCUGGAGAUGUGGUUGCACAGCUGGAAUAUGAUACAGCAUUGUUUGAGUUGAUUCAACUAGUUCCACCAGUGGGUGAAACACUGUCUACAUAUGAUGAAAACACACGCGAUUUCAUGUUUCCGGGUCCGAACCAACUCUCUGGGCACCACGACUCCAACCGCCAGGUCACCAUGAGCAGGAUUUCUGGCCUUCGAGGAAUUGCUCCAAAGCUGGAAUUUUCUACAACCUCAGUGAUUACUGAAUGUCUGAUAAGCUCAAGGAAGUGCCGCACUCAGGAUAAGUAUAUGUACCAUACGGCUCCAGUUGAAAAAUCACACGGCAGACUGCAAAACAGAUCAUCAAGAUCACAAAAGAAAAAAUCCAAGUCCCCUGAGAGAAAUAAAUAUUGUGUAAAUGCAAAAAACUACGAACAGCCUACGAUAUCUUCAAAGUCACACUCUCCAUCUCCCUACACAAAAAGACGCAUGUGUGAGCUAUCUGAAGACACCAGGCGGCGGCUGGCGCACUUAAAUCUGGGACCCUAUGAAUUCAAAAAAGAAACAGAUAAACCUCCAUUUGUGAUUAGACAUGUCGAUCCUCCAAGUCCCAGGGCUGAUCAUUUUUAUGGGUCUUCUGGCAGAGACUGUGAAAGAGAUGGAUGGUCGAGGAUGCACAAUGAUCAUUCUCAUCUUGGCAGCUACAGACCCAAGGAUUAUAAGGUUAUCAGGACACCCCAUGGGAGAGACUUCGAUGACUCUUUGGAAAGGUGUGAUGAGUAUUUGAGCCCAAGGUCAUGUAGCAAGCCCCAGCAUUCUGCGAGGACCAUACAUGUCCAUUCGGCACCCUCAACAAUGCUGAAGCAUUCUCCAAGCCCUGUGUUAAAUCGAGCUUCUCUCAGGGAAAGAUUCCAUUCUGAUUGGUGUUCACCUUCAAACUGUGAUGAGAUCCAUGACCGGGUAAAAAAUGUCUUGAAAUCACAUCAGGCUCAUCAAAGACAUUUAUAUGAUGAGAGAGAUACAGAGAAAGAAGAAGAACUAGAACUGAAAAGAGGUCUUUUCUGCCGAGACUAUGCCUAUGACAGUGACCCUGAGUACAGCUCAUUUCAGCGGCCACAUGGCGUAUUCCAUUUGGAUGAUGGUGAAUACUGGUCCAACAGGGCAGCCACUUAUAAAGGAAAAUCCCACCGACCCAUCUUUGAGAACAGCAUGGAAAAGAUAUACAGGAACUUGUACAAGAAGGCCUGUAGUUCUGCUUCUCAUACACAGGAAAGCUUCUGAGGCCACCCACGAUAAACCGUGUGAAUGUCCGUGUCAACUUCCCAAUGAAAAAGUUUGAUGCGAUCGAUACCUGUAUUCCUUUUUUUUAACCAGAUGGUUCUAAUUGAGAAUACUGGUGAGACUUGAAUAAGUUUAUUACUUCAAAUGGUACAUUAUCACAGGCAAGCCUUUUUAAUCACAGCAAAGAGUGCUGUGUUCCAAAAGUCAAAGCUCCGCAGCAAAAUCACGUCCAUUGUGACUACAAGAAGGAUAUCAUAACGUGUAUGUCGCACCACCCUCUAAAAAUUCCAGAGUAGAUUCUCUCUGAAAAUUUUCUGGCUUAAACACAUUAUAAUUUUCUUUUCAUGUACUUAACUGGUUAUCUUGUCUGAGUAAGAUUUAAUGAAUAUUAACUCCCUUUUCUUGGUAAUGAGCAAAAAGAUAUACUGUGUAGAAAUGAAUUUGCCAACAGUUGAAACCCUGUUUUAACUGGUAUUUUCUACUUUUUCCUUCUUAGCUCAUAAGAAGUCACUUUCUUCCUAAAGUUUAUAUAACCAUUCACUUCAUUUUCCUUAAAAGAACUCUAAGUUACCUAAAAUGCAUAACAGUUAUCUAGUAUAGCAGAGGCCAUGAAUGACUCAAAAUGUGAAUAACUUAUUUUUAAAGAUAUAAUUCUUUGCCUGAUUUUCUUCUAGGGCUGUAUCGUUUGGUGCAAACAGAAUCAGAAAAUAGCCUUUGUUAGUAAGCAUGUAGAGAGUUAAAAAAAUUGGGUGGGGAUUAUAUUGUAAUUUAAUCUAUUUAGAGUUUUCAUAGGUACCACAGAGCCCAAGAAAGUAGCAUCCUUACUUUAGAGGAUACUUGGAACCGAAAAGGGAGUAAAAUAUUAUAGCAGUACUCUUUGUAGUAGGCACUGGGAAGUCUGUUGGCUGAUAAAGUUAGCUCCUACCCCAACCUCCAAACCACACAUGUGAGUCCAGUGACACUUUGAAGAUCUGAAGGAAUCAGUGAGUGAGAUAAAUCAGGGUUCUUGAAUUCUAGGAGCUCGCCGUGACUAUGAAGGAAGCUCAGGCUUCCUUCACAGUUAUACACAGUUAUAGUGCAGUAUCUGUGGAUUUCCUCAGUUCUACUCUGUGUUUAUAUAUUUAUAUAUUUCUUCAUUGUUGUAUCAGUUUUCUAGCCCCACCACCACAGCCUAGGCAUAUCUCUAUUAUAGCACUUAAGAAAAACUGAGUUAUCAAUGACUUUUGUGUCUUUUUCUAUCGUUCUUGGUUUUCCUCUGCAUUUGUGGCACACAGUAGAUACACGAUGUUUGUUAAAUAACUGCAUGAAAGAAAAAAUACGUGAAGGGCCACUAAAAACAAUACAAAGUCUGUCUGUAUCUAAGAAAUAAGAUGCCCUGACAAGACUGUUGCUGUCAGCUAGUUUAUUUAUACCUGUAGCCAAAGAGAUAAAAAUGGAAAAAAUAAGAGAAAAAGCUUAGUUGUAUCUUGGUCUUCAAGAAGAGAGAUAUGGUUCCUCAGCUGAGAGAGUUGGUGUUUCUGUAGUGAAAUCUAUUUUUUAAAAGAGUACUCAUAAAUUUAAAAAAAAAAAAAGAAGUCAUAAUAUGACAGCCCGCCUUCUUGUUUGUGACUUGGCUAACCAACUCAGGUAUAAAGUGUUCAGGUGACCAGGGCCAGCUAACAGACUGCUCCUGCAGAGGGUGGUAAGCGCAGGGUUAGGCAAUGGACCAAGAACGUAAUUGCCUCCAUUGUUUCCAGCACCUUAUAUUCCAAUGAAGGAUAAUUCCCUUCUAUGAAAUGCAAAUGUCUUGGUUCCCAAGAUGAGCCUUAAAUAUUUUCUUUCCCAGUGUCCUUAUCUUGUGUCACUCACAAAGCAGUGCAUUUUUGACUGAGGGAUUGAAUUCUCUAUCUUCUAGCAUUCAGAUGUAAAUAGCCUAGAAACUAUGGUUCUCUUGAUUAAGGAUUAGUAUGAUAAAGUAUUUAUGUGAAUAUUUAAGCAAAACUGUCUCAAUGAAAUGCACUUUUUUCAUUUCUACUAAAUCUUAAUCUUAGUAUGUUGCUUUCAUGCUCCAAAAAUUCACAUAAAUGAACCUGGUGGAAGAGAAUGUAUUCCGCUCUAAUUAAUACUUACAUAGUGUAUGAAUGUGUGCAGGUGCUUUGAGGACAUGUUUUGUGAUUUUUAUUCCCAUCCCCACUGUAGUGUUAUCUUGAAAGUUUUUUAAAACAAGAAAGUUAAGGUAAUAUUUAUUAAGGAUCAACAUCUGUACUUGUUGAUUUUCAUGCAUUAUCUUGUUUGAUCUUCACAGCAACUGUAAACCAGUGUAGGUGUAAGCAAUCUCAGUGUUACAGGCCAGGUGACUGAGAGUCACACUGCUGUGGCUGGCCAGUGAGAAACACAGCCAGGAAAUGGUAAAGCUAGGAUUUGAAUCCAACCCCAGCCUGUCUCUCAACCAGAUAAGUGGUUAAAAAGCUAAGCUGGUUACAGUUCAUGAGUUUUUAAAUGGUGUAGCUAGUUAUCUCAUCUCCGAGAGAACCUCAGUAAAUUACAUCACAAACUGAACUCACAUUAAUGCAGUAAAACCUGGGGCAGAUUUACAACAUUCAAGCACUAAAAAUGACUAAAGAAAUCUUGUGAACUAAGAAGUUGGAGGAAGUGUAUGAAAAGAGUAUCACUGAAGAUUUAUUUUAACUGACACAAGAUUUCAGGGUGACCAGAGUUGGUAUAUGGGACAGUAUGAUGUUCUUUCUGUGGAGCCCCAGUUACUCUCCCUGCUUUAGUGACCACACAUUCUUGUAGCACUGCACUUUUUAACAGCUUAAUGAUGAAUAAUUGAUAUAAAAAGAACUGCACAUAUUUAAUGUGUAUAAUUUGAUCAAUUUGAACAUAUGCAAACACUUGUGACACCAUCACUACAACCAAGGCAAUAAAUAUAUUCAAUACCUUCCAGAGUUUUCACAUUUUUAAACAGCUUUAGUGAAGUAUGAUUGAUAUACAAACAACUGUAUAUAUUUAAUAUGUACAUUUUGGUGAAUUUGGACAUACGUAAACACCUGUAAUACCAUCACCACACUCAAGGUGACAGAUAUAUUCAGCGCCUUCCAGAGUUUCUUUCUGUCCCAUAUUUUGUUCAUUAAUUAUAAGCACCAUGCUGUACAAUAGUUCUCCAGGACUUAUUCAUCUAGUCUAACUAAAACUUUAUUAUUAUGAACAAAUAAAAGGAAUAUUGACUCCUUAUCAGA